GUCGGAGAGUGUUAGUCGGCGCUAUGAAAUUGAGUGAGAGAGAGAAAGAGAAGGAGAACGGUAAACAGUUUUGUGGACGGGCGACUUUGUGCUAAACUAAAUCAGUGCUAAAUUCACCUUGGUUACGUAAUGCUACCUGCCGCCUUGAGUUUACUGCUCUUUCGUGAGUGACAGUGAUAUAAAUCGAGAACGACUUUUUAUAAUUAAUGAAAACAGUGCAGAAGCAGACGAAUCGGGCCCCGUUGCUUGAUAUGAUUAACCUACUAAUUUAUGACGAUGUAUGAGGUUGUAGUGCAUUGAAUCGUUGUUUAACAAUGGAAGUGACCCCACAUCUCAAAAGUGUCUUGAAGAACUACCAGCACAGCGCUACUAAAAGCCUUCAAGGUCCAGGACUCUCUUUAGUCACUGUUAAACAUGAGAUUCCUUCCCCGGAAAUCAGUGAAGAAGAAUUUGUGCCAGCUCCUUUUCCAGUUCAACAGGUCCCUAUCCUCACCAUCCCUGAUACUUCUUGUAGUGAACGCACCGAAACGAUCCUUGAAGGUGAAUCUAUCUCGUGUUUCGUAGUAGGAGGUGAAAAACGACUUUGUUUACCCCAAGUGUUAAAUUCGGUUCUUCGCGAUUUUAGCUUGCAACAGAUCAAUCAAGAGUGCGACCAGUUGCAGAUUUACUGCUCCAGGUGCACUCCAGAGCAGCUCAACGUGCUCAAGAACCAAGGUAUCCUUCCGAGUGGAGCCCCCAGUUGUGGGCUGAUCACCAAAACGGACGCGGAACGACUGUGUAGUGCCUUGUUGUAUGGACAAGUGACCACGGAACUUAGGCCUCGCAAAGGCUCGCUUUCCAUCCCUAUCUACCACGAGUGUUUUGGUCGUGCUAGUGGGUUGUGCUAUCCUGAGUUAUACACAAACAAAAAUGCGAAGUGCAUCGAAUGCGGGGACUGCCAGGCGGGAUUUUCUCCACAACAGUUCGUGUGUCACGUGCAUAGAAACUUAGAGAAUAGGACUGUGCAUUGGGGGUUCGAUUCGAGUAAUUGGAGGAGUUAUUUACAUGUGCCCAAGGAACAUAUAGAAGAACAUUAUGAGCAGUUUGUGAAAAUUCUGGACGAGAUGUGGCAGAGAUACGAGGGCAGUAUCGGAUUUCCUCCACCGGUUGUUGAACCCAUCAUCAAAAGAAAACAGGAUUCUUUAUUGAUGGUAUAG